ACUACUCGAAAAAAUGCGCUUUUUGGAUGCGAGAUUAGCUGGCACUGGAAGCGGACGUUCCUCUGUUGUACCAACACCGCAAGCCACAAACCUGAGCAAAGGACAAGAACAAAAGGCACAUCAGGCUGUGUCGCAACCAUUCAAGCAACAACACGACCAUCUUUCCGGCAAACAGUACUAUCAGAUGAAGUGUAUGAAAGCUGUGAACCAAUGCGUUGGUAGAGCUAUCAGACACAAAAACGAUUGGGCUGCGCUUCUACUUCUCGACCAGCGGUAUGCCUCAGGGAGAGUAAAAGAGGACAUCUCGUCAUGGCUAAGGUCAAGGUUCCAACCAAUGAGGUGGGAUACGGAUACAACAAAACAAGGGUUGAGAACGUUCUUUUGUGAAAGAUGGAGAGAUUCAUAGCGCUGCAGGGGUGUGAGACGUCAGGCAUUUAACAAACGGAGGAAGUACAACGAACGCCAUGAUACGUUGCGCUGCCGCUUUAUCAAACAUGAACAUUCAUGCCAUCGCUCCUUGUCUGAUUUUACUCUUCUUGAAUAAAGAUUUAUAUCCUUCAUUCCGCAUAAACAUAAUAUCGCCGAACCUGGCUGUAUGCUUUGCGCCAAGACCUACUUUGCUCAUUCCAAGGGC